CAGCAACUCCCGCCAUGGCUUCCGUCUUCCGCUACACCCAACGCCUCGCCCACGAGAAACCGGUCAUAUUCUGGUCCCUCCUGCUCGGCCUCUCAGGCCCCGCCAUGGUCUUCACCGUGCCCCCGCUCCGCCGCUCCUUCGGCUACACGUCUCCAGAGCCCAUCCCCACCACGUUUCCCGUGCCCGACCGACCGCGACGACCAGUCGAGGGAUAUGAGGAUUAAUAAGAAGACUUGGAGAACAUGCAUGGUUAUCUGCACGCUGACACCGAUGAGCCACGUCCAGCGCCAAUCAGAGCCAUCAGAGACGACGAAUGACUACAAGUCGAAACGGAUAAACUGUCAAGGUUGACUGGGCAAUUGCUAAUCUUCCCCCGUAAUCAUACUGCGGCCGUCCUAACCACCGUCUAUGAG